CAGAUAGAGAGAGAAAGACAUAUAGAGAGAGAAAGAGAGAUAUAGAGAGAGAAAGUUUGUCACUGAGAGAGGGAGAGAGAGAGAGAGAGAGAGAGAGAGAGGGGAAAAUCAAUUGGGUAAAAUUGUGUAUAUUUUUAUAUAUGUGAAAGAGAGUAGCCAUGGUGUCCGACCAAGAGAUAGCUAAAGGAGUUGAGAUUCUUCUGAGUCAAUCAGACCCUAAAUCAUUCACAUCCCUCAGCGAUGUUGUUCACCAGCUCGGCCAAAAAUUAGGGUUUGAUUUGUCUCAUAAGGCCGUCUUCAUCCGUGAUCAAAUCAAUAACCUUCUCUACCGAUCACAAUCUCACCACCAGCACCCACCAACACCACAGCCACCGCCACCGUCCUCCGUCACUACCUCGGGGAUCGCGAAAGACCAUUUUGCCCUACAACAGCAGCAAGCGCAAUAUCAUUUCACCCAACCACAGCCUCAUCCGUCUCAAUUUCACCAUGCUCAUUUCGCUCUUCAACAACAGCAGCAGCAACAGCAACAGCAUCAGCUACAGCAGCAACAUCAACAUCAACAGCAACGCCAGCGUCACCCUGUCGAACUUAAUUUCAGUAAGCCUCCGGUGGCGGCGGUGGUUCCUUCUCCUUCGCCUCAGCAGACACAAGUGCAGCCUUCGCCGGAGGUGAAAGCUGAGGGAGGAGUUGUUGUUCAGGAUGCCGUUGGGAAAUCGUCUGAAAAACCCAAAAAAGGUGGUGCAACUGGAACCAAAAGAAGAGGUGGACCAGGUGGCCUAAACAAACUCUGUGGUAUUACACCUGAGCUUCAAGUUAUUGUUGGCGAGUCAGCAUUAUCAAGAACUGAUAUUGUUAAGCAGCUAUGGGCAUACAUCAAGAAAAACAACCUUCAAGAUCCAGGGAACAAAAGAAAGAUAAUUUGUGAUGAUGCGUUGCGUGUUGUAUUUGAAACCGAUUGCACUGACAUGUUCAAGAUGAAUAAGUUGCUUGCCAAACAUAUCAUCCGACUCGAGCCCACAAAAGAAUCAUCACGUAAAAGGACAAAGGUGAACGUUGAGCCUCCUGCAGCUGAAAAUACAAAUACAGAUGCAAAUACGGAUACAAAUACAAAUACAAAUACAAAUUCGGAUGAUGUUGUUCCUUGUCAAGUUAUCAUUUCUGAAGCACUUGCCAGCUGUCUUGGCCUUGGUGCUGCAGAAAGAGAGAUGUCCCAAUCCGAGGCUUUGAGACUUGUUUGGGAGUACAUCAAGCUCAAUAAUCUUGAGGAUCCUGGAAAUCCGGUGAUGAUUGUGUGUGAUGAAAAGCUGAAGGAACUAUUUGGAUGUGAGAGCAUUUCUGCAAUGGGAAUACCAGAGAUGUUGGUUAGACACCAUUUAUUCGAGCAAUAGUCUUGUCUUCUCAACUUACAUGGACUGAUAUUAUGCAAAAACAGGAAUUGAGGAAUUGAGCGUCUGACAUAUGAUGUGAAGAAAAGAAAGUAGUAGUAGUAGUAAAAGUUUUUUAAGUUUGUUUUUAUGGUUAUGGGUGCUGCUGACAUGGUAAUGGUAGUAGUGUCUAGAAUGAUGUUGCAACUUGUUUUUAUGUUAAAACCAAACCCCAACAAAUGGUUUUCUUGUUGAUGUUAUGGUGAUGUUUAGGUGUUGUUUACCUUUACCCUUUGUAAAUGCCUAACCUUGGUUUGGACACAACUCAAGAAUGUAGUAGUGAAAAACUAAACUAGUCUUUAAUGGAAGGAACCUUUUUUUUAGAA